GAAAGCAUGAGUUUGUUGGUCAUGAGCUGAACUUGAAAUCGGAGUGGAUGAUCUAAACUCCGAAGUCGAGUCAAACGGGACUAUCACAGACGCUGCAUAUUCGCCUUCUUCACCAGUCAAAGGAUCAGCCGCCCGCCACAACAGUUCAGAUUGAGCCAGAAUGGGGCACGCGAGCUCAAAAUUGGACCUUUCUUCGCCAGACGGCUCGAGGUCGUCUCACUUGUCCCGCGCGGGGAAAUUUGGCAAAAGGCUUCACCUUCAUCGUCACCAUUUCCGUCGUCGGUGUAAAAGUUCUGGUCCCGAUUCUGCCUCUCACCUGUCUAAGCUCCUCAAGGAUGAUGAUUUCGCCGGCAUCGCUUGUCUUCGUCUCGUAAAAGCGGAGAUGAAGUUCAAGGACAAAUGGCUUGCUUGUAUCUCGCUUGGUCUGCAAACUUUCCGCACUCAUAUAUCUGACAACACUGAUAAGCCUACAUGGAACUCGGAGAGGAAACUUCUUUUAGAAAGAAAUGGGGCAUAUGUUGCCAGAAUCUCUGUGUUUGAGACGAACAAGUUAUCCAAGAACAAUUUGGUUGGUUAUUGUGAGGUUGAUCUACUUGAAUACCUUUCCCAGGACUCUGAUUCUGAUGUUGAGGUCUUUGACUUAUUAGAUCCAUCAACACCAUCUGUAGUUGUUGGCUGUAUAUCUAUUUCAUGUUCUAUUGAGGAUCCAGUUGAAACAGAGAAAAGUUUUACAAAGCGCAUCUUGUCUAUAGUGGACUAUAAUGAAGAUGGAGAGCUUUCAUUGAAUGAAUUCUCUGAUUUAAUUGAUGCAUUUGGAAAUAAAAUAGCUGCUGAAAAGAAAGAAGAGCUAUUUAGACAAGUUGACAAAAAUGGGGAUGGUGUUGUCAGUUUGGAUGAGUUGGCUAUGCUUUUAACUGCACAUCAAGAAAAGGAGCCACUCAUCAACUGCUGCCCAGUUUGUGGCGAGGUUCUUGAAAUCUCCGAUUUGUUGAACAGCAUGAUUCAUUUGACACUGUGCUUUGAUGAAGGAACUGGGAAUCAAAUUAUGAUGGGAGGGUUCCUCACUGACAAGCAGGCUUCCAGUGGAUGGAUGUUCAAACUGAGUGAGUGGGCACAUUUCUCAACAUAUGAGGUUGGUUUGAGGUCUGGUUCCAGUGCAUCACAUAUAUUGGUAUAUGAUCGAAAAGUGAAGAGGCUGGUGGAGGAAAUAAUAGAUGGGAAGAUUGUAUUGUCAAUGAGGGCCAUUUAUCAAUCUAAGUUUGGGCUUGGACUUAUGGAUAAUGGGGCAAAAGAAAUCCUGCAGAGCCUCUCUGAAAAGCAAGGCAAAAAAAUGGAUGCUCUUGAUUCUGUCAAAGAUAUACCAAAAUUUCUUGAAUUGUUUAAGGAUCAAAUCAAAAUUGAUGAGGUCAAGUACCCACUGGAGCAUUUUAAGACAUUCAAUGAGUUUUUCAUAAGAGAACUGAAGUCUGGUGCACGCCCAAUUACCUGCCCGGAGCACAGUGACAUCGCUGUGUGUGCAGCUGAUAGCCGCCUUAUGGCGUUCAACAAUGUUAAUGAUGCUGCAAGAUUCUGGAUUAAGGGCCGAAAAUUUUCCAUCCAAGGGCUUUUGGGGAAUGAAGCUUGCUCCAGUGCAUUUGUUGAUGGAAGUUUGGUGAUAUUUAGGUUGGCACCACAGGAUUACCAUCGUUUCCAUUUUCCUGUCUCUGGAACUAUUGAGAAAUUUGUAGAUAUACCUGGAUGCUUGUAUACAGUGAACCCUAUUGCUGUCAAUAGCAAGUAUUGUAAUGUUUUCACAGAGAAUAAGAGAGUUGUAUCAAUAAUAUCAACAGAAGACUUCGGAAAGGUUGCCUUUGUUGCAAUUGGAGCAACUAUGGUUGGCAGCAUCACUUUUUCAAAGAAGGAGCAUGACUAUGUUCACAAGGGAGAUGAGUUUGGAUAUUUCUCUUUUGGUGGAAGCACUGUAAUUUGCGUCUUUGAAAAGGGUUCCAUAAGGAUAGAUGAGGACCUCCUGGAAAACAGCGCACGAUCACUUGAGACAUUAGUUAUGGUUGGAAUGCAGUUAGGGGUAUCCAUGAAGAAACAGGCUGAUGUCAAGUCUAAACUUGAAAACCUUUCUUUAGGCACAUGACUGAGUUUUCUUUCUAUGCAUAUUUAUUUUUGAGAAACAAACAUUAAUAUGUGGGUUAUUUCAUGGCCUUAAUUACACAUAAGGUGGAUAUCUUUAUCUGCUGAUUGAUCUGAUUGUUUAUUAUUGUUAAUGCUUUAGCUAAAAAACCGGUUAUAGACUUAUAGGGAAUGGUUGGCGCUGAAUAUUAGUUCUCUGCAGCCCUGCAGGUGUUAAGAAUUGUUUCUCAAUUCUCAUGCCGUUGUUGACU